AUGCCUGUCGACUUCGUCCACCAGUCACUCCCUUACAUCGACCCCGAACCAACCCCAGAAGCCAUCGCCGCGGCCGAAGCCCUCAUCACCGAAGAACGCGCCCUCGUCCCCGACGACCCGCACCACAUCCACCUCCCCCCAGCCCCAACGCCAACCCCCUUCCUCACCCCCCUCCUCACAGCCGAACUCGCCCGCCUCUCCUCCUCCACCGACCCAUCCACCGCCAAACUCUCCGCCCUCAACUUCACCCGCUACGAAGCCCCCGAACCACCCGCCGCCAACUCCCCCAACACAACAACAACCUCCCUCCAAACCGCCCUCUCCCAAGCCUACACCUCCCACGCUUACAUUGCCUCCCGCCGCGCGCACCUCGCCCUCCUCGACACGCACGGCCGCAACGCCUGGCUGAUCGGCAACGAGCAGCUCGCGGGCGAGCUACGACAGCUGGAAACCGAGCUGGCGGCUGCGAAGCGCGAGGUGGAUUUGGUGACGCUUAACCGGCGGGCGGCGCAGGACGCGGUGGCGGGGGAGAUGGGGUCGUUGGCGGGGGCGUGGCAAAGGGGGGUGGGACGGGUGUUGGAGACGGAGGCGGCUGUUGAGGGGGUGAGGAGGGAGGUUGUUGAGGGGUUGAGGAGGGGGUGA